AUGGCGACCCCCCAGUACCCAAGCUAUCCGCGGGCGAAUGUGCUCGUUCUUGGAUCAAAUGCCGUCCAAGCCCUCCUUCCUUCUACACUCAUCUCGCAAGCGGACGCUCUCCUACUCGCUCACCGCCUCGAAGAUGUUGCGGACCUCGCCGAGCAGCAGCGCAAGAAGCUUCAGAGUCUGCUGAAUGCUGAGCUGCACGACGUAGAUGAGCUUCGCUAUGUCAAUCAGAGACUCGGCCUCCAAUACUUCAUCGAGACCUUGUUUGAUGACGCCGGGAAACGAAUAUACGAAGGCGAGCUCGACCCGCGGGUGCUUGUCAACUACUACCCCGAGCUCCGAGGCAACCUCUUCUCUAAGGACGAUACCGUCGACGUCAUGGGCGGCAUCGCAGAGCACCUACCCACAGAGGACUCGGUCGACGACAUCAUUGCUCAAAACCUAGUCGCGAACUACUCCCCGCACCUCGCGCCGAACACGCGCGAGGCCCCACCGACUGUUGAGCUCCGCAACAUCCUCGGCAUGGCCGCACGCGACAUGCUUGAGUCGUACCUGCGCAAGUGGCGGAGGAAGCUCGUGGUAGACAUCGACGUGCGACACGCGGAGGAGCUGCGCAGGGUGGUGGACACUGUUCUAGCGAAGCUACACGUUGCCACAGGGAAACUGCCGGACUUGACGGCGCUCAUCGACCAGCCGAACUCCAUAUCGCUGCCAGAACUCGAACCGGAGCUUAUCAAGUCGCGACACAUUGGCGCGCUGUGCAAGCUAUACGAGCGGACUGGCGAUAUGGAGAAGUUGCUGCAGACGUGGUCAAGAUUGGCGGAUGGCGAGCUUCUGGACCCCAGCGUCGAAGACCCGCUCUCACGAAUAUUUGACCUCUUGGCGGAGAGGAAAGACAAGGCACUCAUCCAGCAAUGGACCCCAUGGCUCGUGAAGAAGGACUCGGAUCGGGCUUUGAAGCUUGUCACUGCGUCUAUGCCGACCAAGCGGAAAACCGACGACGAUAGGCAACUAUUGCAACAACUGCGUGAUGCUAAUCCGGCGGCAGGCGCGCAGUUGCUCGAGCAUCUGGUGGUGCAACGACGAAGCACGGACGCGGACUUACACUCUGAGCUCGCGGCUAUUUAUGCUGACCAGCUAAUGUCGUUCUUGGAGGACGAGUCGAUAUCCAAGUUGUGGCGUGCAAAGGUGUCUUCAUACUCAUCGAGCCGAAGCGAUACUCCCUUCAUCGGCUACUUUGUUUCCACCACACCCGAUUCAGAGUCGAAACGCGCCCGGAUAAAGACCGCACUGUUUCUGCAAGGUUCAUCACAUUAUAACCCGCAAGAGAUUCGAGAUCGAAUAUCGGGCCGCGCGAAGAUCCUGCAGUUGGAGAUGUCCAUCUUGGAGGGCAAGCUUGGGAACCAUCGCGUAGCACUUUCAACUCUCGUGCACGACCUCAAUGAUUCGACCUCUGCGGAAGCGUAUUGCACGUUGGGUGGAGAAGUCGUAUCGGCGAAGACUGCGCUGCAGAUUGGCGAGCGCAUGGACCUUCAGCCGUGGGCCGCGCUCGUCACGCCGCUGGCAGCGCCCGGCAAGCAGCAAACAACUGGUCGCAAACAGAAGACGGUCAGUGACGACGUCAAGAAGGAUCUCGUGAUGGUUCUGCUCGAGGUCUACAUGAGCGGCGGCGAGGCAACUGCGGACCGCACCGCGCAGCUGCUUAACUCGCAAGCAAUGAACCUUGACGUGCUUGACGAUUCCACCCGAAUGGCCAUUGCGGUCCUCUCGACCUUCGUCACGCGCUCCCUUCGGCAUACCCUCCACGCCCGGCACGAAGGUCAAAUUGUGAAGGCGAUAAACGGUGGGCAGAACCUUGCCGUCGCGGAGCGAACAUGGGCCAUCAUCCGCGAGCAGGGGGCGAUGGUCGAGGAGGCUGCCGACGAUGACGACGAUGACGGGGAGAAGCUCGGCCUGGAGCUUGGGGAGCCAGUGGAAGGCGAGCCAGCAUCGUUCAACGAGAAGGCGGUGCUGCACCAAAGCCCACCCGAAGACUACGAGGAGGCCCUCGCCGAGCUCGCCAAAGACAUUAGCAAACGCCAGACGCGGUUGUCCGAGAUCCGGCUGCGUGAGCGGCGCGCCACCCUGUUGGUGUCCGUGUAUGCCCUGCUCGGAUGGAUCGCCUACACGAGUCUGUGGUACAUGGACUUCCUCCCGAACUUUACCUCGCAGGGCCGCCGGAGCAGCGCGGAGAAGACGGCCAAGGCGGCGCCGGUGUUCAUUGGACCCAUCAUGUACGUUUUUGUCUUUCGUCUUUCAUUGUGGCGGUUGGUUUGGUCCUGUGCCCCGGGGAGGGGAUUGUGCGCUUCGAUGGAGGAGGACUUCCUGUAUCCAGAGCGUUGA